AUGAAUUCAACAGACCAAGUUGAUUUCUUUGAAGACAGCUUCAAGGAUUUCCCCCGGCGGCUGCCUGAGAACUGUGUGGAGUACGUUCUCUUUGUCAUUGAUGGCCAGUUGGAAACCCGCAAAGUGCUUUCUACCCUUGAUGGCGUCCGCAAAGCCGCACUUCAACUCUCCGACAAGCUGACCAAGGACUACAUCUGGCAGCGAGAUUCAUUUCAACUUGACGUCAAACAUGACAAGGGCCUCGUCUACCUCCAAGGCAUUACGUAUUAUGGCGAUUCGGUCGAGGAUGAGUGGUUGAUCGUCUACUUGCUCCGGGAGCUCACAAAAUCUUUUCAAAGCCUAUGGGUGGCGGUCUAUGACAGCGAUGGCGAAUUCCUGCUCAUCGAAGCUGCAAAUGUCUUGCCAAGAUGGCUGAGUCCGGAGAUUGACACCAAUCGAGUCUGGAUACACGCAGAAAAGCUUUACAUCAUCCCCCUAGACCAUAGUUCUCCGGAAAAGCGCCCUUUGGCUUUGGCGGAAGCUGUUGACUAUCUCAAGACAAGAGCAACGUCUCUCGUUCAUUCAUCCUUCGUGGAAGCAGAGGCCUUCUACCGUUUAGAGAAGUAUCCGGGCCAGAUCAAGUCCGCCAUGCACCGUUCACUAGUCACAAUUCCAAGAAAGCUGGCGUAUAUCCUGCACCAGAAGCCCGGAGCCAUUGCCCCAGCCGUCGAGGCUUUCUAUCUCAGAGACCCUCCUUCUAUGAAGGCCCUCCUCGCUGAAACUGGUAAAUUCAGCUUUCCACCCGAAGAUCUAGUGACUGCUAGUGUGAGAUUCACCAAGGUCCUUUUCGCACAGUUGAAGUCACAGCAAUUUACUCCACCGCCUGUUUGGCAUUGCAUUAUUGAGGCAACGGAGAAGGUCUCCGGGAAUACAGAGGAAGCCGGACUGAAACUCGCCAGGCUCGAAAUGGGCAUGAAGGUCACGAGUGGCUUCGAAAUGCUGGCCACCAAUGCCGAAACAAAAGACAGCCGGGUUGCACGAGAAGUUGCCAUUCUCUUGAAGGAUCUCGAAGAGGACGGUGCUGAAGCAUUGCCUAGCGAUAUUACAAUGCUCUCAUGGCCAGAUGCCGCUCAGGAUGAUGACGAGUCUUGGAUGGACAUAAACUACGAAGACUUCGAGCAAGAGCUACAAGGCCAGCAUGGCUCGGGCAAAGGAAAGAAGUCUGGAUUUGGAGACACUGCGGCCCAAGCUGAUCUUCACAAAAUUGUGGAGCGUUUUGAAUUGUUUCUCAAUGACGACACGGCAGGUGCGGCAGGCGCUGAGCUGGAGGAUAUGGAUGAUGAUGAUUUCUCUGACGAAGAUGACAGUGAGGAUGAAGACAAAGAAGUCAGUUUCGACGAACAGCAAUUUGCUAGGAUGAUGAGGGAAAUGAUGGGAUUACUCCCUGAAGAGACUCAGGCCACCCAUGGAGCAUCAACGACGGCUCCGCGGGGCCAAGCUGCCAAGUUCGUUGAAGAACUAUCUGGCUCUGAGUCUGAAUCAGAGGAUGAGGUUGAAAAUAUCAAGCGCUUGGCAGCCCAGAUGGGAGCUGAGCUGAAUGAGUAUAGUGCCUUGAGGCUUGAUCCGACCCCAACCAAAUUGAAAGCAGUAAAGGACAAUGAUGGGCAGAAGGUACAAACCAAAGGCAAAGGCAAACAGGCUGAACUAAAUGAUGAGGAAGAUGUACAAGACGAAGAGAGUGAAGAUGGGGAAGUUAAUAUUGACUAUAACUUGGCUAAGAACUUGCUGGAAAGCUUCAAGAGUCAAGCUGGUAUGGCUGGGCCUGCAGGCAAUAUCCUCGGCAUGAUGGGAAUGCAGCUACCAAGGGAUGAUGAAGACACAGUCAAGAAGUAG